AUGAAGGAUAACAGCAUCAUUUAGAAUUAAAUAUGGAUUAUUUUGAGUCUAAAAUUAUUUGGUUUUACUUUUAACUCUAGAAUCAACAGAUUUGAGUAAAUGAAAAUAUAAUUAGAUAAAAGCACCAUGAAACAAAGUUUAAAUAUAAAAUAUCCGUUUAAUGAUAUUAGAAUCAUUAUGAAUUUUGGUGGAGAUUAAAAGCAUAAAUGUGAGGAAAGUAUUUAUUUAUACAAUCAAAAAAAUCUGAAAACUUAAUACAUUCCAGGUAAAAUGAUAUUGAAAUUAUUUGGAUCUUCAUUAUUGUCAUUCGAUUUAGACUAAGAAUUUAUAGACUGGAAUCGUUUGAGCCAUAUAGAAAUUGCAAUUGUUAAAAUAAAGAGAAUUUUGAGAUACUUGGAGUAAAUUUGA